AUCAUUCACAUGUUGCUGAUGCUCUCCAUCUUGCCUCCUCAAUCCAGGGGACGAUAAAUCCUAGAGCACCUGGGAUCCUAAAGUGUGAACCUCAGAGCUCAGCAGACAAUCACUGUGCUGCUGCCUACACUGUGGUAUCACUGCAGCUGCUGUCACGGCCCCAGCUCACAAACAUGGACAAGAUGCUUCGUUGGGUCUCUGUCUUUGCCAUCUUCCUGGAGGUGUUUGCUCAGACAGACCUCCAGAAGAAGGUAUUUGUGUUCCCUAGAGAAUCUGACAGUGAUCACGUGAGCCUGCUGACAAAGCUGGAGAAGCCCCUGCAGAAUGUUACUGUGUGCUUACGAGCUUAUAGUGACCUUUCUCGACAAUACAGCCUCUUCUCCUACAACACUCAGGGCAGAGAUAAUGAGCUACUCAUUUAUAAAGAAAACAUUGGAAAGUAUAGUCUAUACAUCGGAGGGACCAGAGUCACAGCUAAGGUUCAUGAAGAGAUUCCUGCUCCAGUGCACAUCUGUACCAGCUGGGAAUCCUCCUCUGGCAUUGUUGAGUUUUGGAUCAAUGGGAAACCUAUGGUGAAAAAGGGCCUGAAGAAGGGGUACUCUGUAGCACCACACCCUAAGAUUAUCCUGGGGCAGGAGCAGGAUUCCUAUGGAGGCAGUUUUGAACAGAGCCAGUCCUUUGUGGGGGAGUUUGGAGAUUUGUACAUGUGGGACUCUGUACUGUCUCCAGAACAGAUCCUGUCUGCAUAUGAUGGGUUCCCUGACAGUGCUAAUAUUCUCAACUGGAAGGCUCUGAACUAUGAAUCGAAAGGCUAUGUCAUCAUCAAGCCUCGAGUGUGGGCCUGAGCUCAAAUGUUGACCACAGCUCUUGAAAAGGAAAUGACCAAUGCCUAAGAGAUCUUCUCGAUGCAACUAUAUAGCAGAGCCUUUGUCUGUAGCUCUUUUCUGAAGUUCCCAUCUAUGUAUGUGCCUAAUAAAAAUAUUGUAUCAUUCC